AUGACUACGCUGGUCUUGACGAACUCGAUAUCCUUACCCUCAACGCUACUAUUCACGGGAGCGGCAAAUGUUCUGACAGGCGUUGCGUUUGGGAUCCCUCUACCAGUACAGCCCAUGAAAGCUAUUGCGGCUGUAGCUAUUGCUCGCCAAUUUACCAUGGAGGAGAACGCUGCAGCUGGUCUCGUUGUUGCAGGCCUAGUUGGUGUGUUCAGCGUCACGGGCCUGAUCAACUGGGCGAAUCGCGUUACACCAAUUCCAGUAGUCAAAGGAAUCCAAGUAGGGGCAGGUCUGUCGCUAUGCUUGAGCACCGGGACCAAAUUACUCUCAUCACUAGACUGGACGGGUCCUUGGUGGGGCGAUAAUCUGUUUGUGGCGGUUGCAGCGGUUAUCUUCCUGCUAUGCACUUUCCCGUAUCCUAGGGUGCCAUAUGCUAUGAUCAUUUUCAUCAUCGGCAUCUUACUAUCCUUUGCAACUCCGCAAAGCGAGGAUGUCCAUGUGCCACGUGCUGCGAUUCCCAUUCUUCAUCCCUCAGGCAUGGACUUCCUGGAAGCAACAACGACCGCGUCUCUGGGUCAACUACCUCUUACGCUCCUCAACUCCGUCAUCGCAGCAUCGGCGCUCGCGUCUGACCUCCUGCCAUCUCCACCAUACCCAGCGGCACCCACAGUCACCGAAUUAGGUGUCUCCGUCGCUGCGAUCAACCUCAUAGGUUGCUGGUUCGGAGCCAUGCCCGCUUGCCACGGUUCUGGUGGGUUAGCAGGUCAGUUCCGCUUCGGUGCGCGUAGUGGUUCUAGCAUCAUCUUCCUGGGAACCAUCAAAUUUAUACUCGGUCUCAUCGCCUUCUGGAAAUCGUCAGCCAUAAUCAAUGUGCUUCACAAUAUCCCCAAGUCACUGCUCGGUGUCCUUGUUCUCGCUGCUGGCGUGGAAUUAGCAAAGGUCGGCGAGAGUAUCAACACGGACGCUCGCGACCUUCGCAUAUUCGACAGGGACAUGGCUUGGGACGGCAAGAGGGUCAAGGACCUCGAUGAGCGCGAGAGGAAGGAGAGGUGGAUGGUCAUGCUUGUUACUGUGGCUGCCCUUCUUACUUUCAAGAAUGAUGCAGUUGGUUUUGUUUCUGGACUAGCAUGGCACUGGGGCUUUGUGGCUGCAAGGAGAAUUGAAGAUUGGAGGACCGGACGGACUGAGAGUCAUGUAUGGAGGAGCGUUGGGCAUAGUCGGGAUGAAGGUGCUGGGCUGCUCGCUCAUACAGAGUCUGAUACUGUGGCGUAG